UCCAUUCCUCGCCUUCAAUGCCGCUGACCUUAUACUACCUCUGAACAACUCUACCUACCACAUUUCCAGCCUUGAGCGAAGCACCUCGGCCGGAUCCUCUGGUCAGCGGCUCGACUGAAGUGCUGGAAGUUCCCCCUCCGCCCGGACGGUCCGCAUAUUUUGCUCCCCUUCGCUUUUGUAACAGCUGAACAGUAUGCUACCUUCGCAGCGAUCACAACCUUCUUCAAUAUCGAGCACCGAGUCCACUUCUCCUGCAAACAUGCUACAAACUUUUAGGUGGCCCAGCUACCAAAGCACUUACGACAUGGUCUCGGAUGAGCGAUUCCAGCACUUCAACACCGAGUCCGCUAAGAUCAAUGCUGGGCUGCACAUGCCUGCUGGCAGGCAUGUUGCACACGAUCUUCUCCCGGUUUUCUCGAGGAACUGGACUCCCGUCGAUAUUGACUUCAGCACGUUCAGAGUGUCUCAACAUUCUCCGUCUCCGCAGAAGCCAACGGCUAAGGACAUCGUCCGCAGCCUACUGUGUCCCCCUCCGCAUGCCUUCGUCCAUGGUGUCCUUUCCAUCAACUGGGUUAUCGCUGUUGCGGGAGCCACGCACUUCGAAUGCCGCCGGAGCGAUGGAAGAUAUAUUCUGAAGAAAGAUUCGCCGCUGCGGAAGUGGGGAAAGCAGUUGGGUCUGCCUGCUGUGUAUCGUGAAUGGCUGUGCGGGGACGAUGAGGAGCGCGGCGCCGCUGAAGAUGGGAUGUGGCUUACGGAGGAGUUUUUCGAGAAGGAAUUGUGAAGGAGAUACGGCCGUCCUCUCCUUCUAAGCUUAUCGUUGGUAGGCAUGGUACCUGAAGGCAGGUUGUCGCAAAUGCGCGAGCUCUUGGAAAAAGACUUGCAAAGCCGAUAGAGGCUGUCCUGUCCCUGAACCGGAUCGAUUUGCGUUGCUAUGCGUGAGAUCCCUCCAGACCGAUAUUCACAUUAGAGCCUGACCGCAACAUAGAAACUUGUGACCAAUUUGCCCGCCUCAUCUCCAUUCACCGCUUCUCAAGGGGCGUAAUG